CGUCCGGUGGGAACUCCUCUCCGCUCCCCCAAAAUGCCACGGCUGAGAUUGUGACUCCUUACCGGGCUACCACCCCGGAAUCGCGGGGUGCUCCUGCCCCCUUACCCGGCUCGGGCUUCUCGGAAAGGACUUUGCAAUGCUGCGGCUCCCCAGGGGAGUGUCCCCCGCCCCGGGGAGGGGGGGUAUCGCCCUCCCGCCCCCCCCUUCUCACCACCAUCCGAAGAAGGUCACAUCAGUGAUGGGCUCCUGUGAUCCGGGGGCUUCCAGCCUGGGCAGCCCCCCGUUAUCCACAGGCUGUUUCACACAGGGGUACACACCAGCGGCUGUCAGCGCCCCCGCUUCCCGGGGCGGGUGUCUCUGUGACACCCCCCAAGGCCCUGAGCUGAGGACCCUCUGUUCAGCCUCGGCGGGACGGCUGCCGGCCAAGAGGAAGCUGGACCUGGAGGGCCCUGAAUUUCGCACGCCCAAGGGGACGGGCUGGACACUGGCACAAGUCCCCAGCCCCAGAACCCCGAAGUCUCCCGGGGAGAAGACUCGCUACGACACCUCACUGGGGCUGCUCACCAAAAAAUUCAUCCAUUUGCUUAACGAGUCUCCCGACGGUGUUGUGGAUCUGAACCGGGCUGCCGAGGUGCUAGAGGUCCAGAAACGUCGCAUCUAUGACAUCACCAAUGUACUGGAGGGCAUCCAGCUCAUCCGCAAGAAAUCCAAGAACCACAUCCAGUGGAUGGGGACAGGGAUCUUUGAGGACACAGUGAUGGUGGCAAAGCAACAAGUGCUGCGUGGGGAACUGGCCGAACUGGCUAGGACAGAGAGGAUGCUGGACCAGCUCAUGCAGGACUGUGCCCUGCAGAUCCAACAGCUGGCAGACAAUGAGACCAACUACAGGUUGGCAUACAUCACCUACCAGGACCUCCGUGCCAUCAGCAGCUUUCAGCAGCAGACGGUGGUUGCCGUGAAGGCUCCCCCUGAGACACAGCUGGAGGUGCCAGACUUCAGCCAGGAGAACUUCCAGCUCCACCUGAAGAGCACCAAUGGCCCCAUCGAGGUGUACCUCUGCCCAGAGGAGAUCACGGAGGAAAACCCCACCAAAGAGUACCCGGUCCCCUCUGCUUCCACCUCCCCACAAGACCACCCCGUACCCCUUUCCCUGCCGAACAGUUCCCCAUCAGCCAAACAGCCACCCCACCCCAUCUCCCAGAGCUGGGGGGGCACAGGAACUUCUGUCUCGCCCCCAUCUCUGCCACUCGCCAUCCAGGGGGGACCCAGCUCCCUGCUGGAGUUGGAGUCUGGGCUCCUGGGCUCCCCUGCCCAUCUUCUGCAGCAGACGGAGGACCAGCUGCCCUGUACCCCCUCCCACCUGGACUUGGGACCCUUUGUCACCUUCUCGCCACCCCCAGAACAGGAUGACUAUCUCUGGGGGCUUGAGGGCGAGGGUGUCACAGACCUCUUUGAGACAUGUGACCUGGCGGACCUGCUGAAGCACUGAAUGUACCCCCAGUCCCCAUUUGCCUUUGUCCCCUCUGGCCACUUGCGUCCUGAGUGCAUGGCAUCUGUGUGGGGUAACUGGAGAGGUUGGGGUAUGUUGGGGAGCACUGGGUUUUCUGAGGAUGGAGGGGAGAGGGGGACUUGUGUUGCUCACCCAGUGUGGCAUCUCUGCACUCUGCUGGGUUGGUUGUCACUUCACUGGGCUCUGGGAGUGCCCUGGGAUCCAUCCAGGACCCAUCCCAGCAUCUCCCCAUACAUUCAUUGGCAUUUUGGGACACCAAUGAAUCCCACCAUAACCACCCAUCACCCUGGGGAUGCUGGUGGACUGGAAGUGCCUUUGGGUGUCCCAGAUGGGUUAGGGGCACCCUUGGGUGGCAGAGAAACCUCUGCCCAGAAUGGGCUGUGUCGUGUUUUGGGAUCACUCCAGUUGCUCCUCAGUUAAACUAGUUCUUCAUGGUCACAACAGGUCAUUUCCAGUAGCAUUUUCCCCACCACCUCUGGAAUAUCCUUGAAAAAACAUUGAGGUAGCAAAGCUGAAGUUUUGAAGUCCUUUGGGUGAAGGAAGGAUAAAUAAAGCUCAAAUGGCUCUGGCAAAUCUCUGGCCAGGACAUGGAGCCAUAUUCCCUGAGGGGCUGCAGCCCCUCUGCCCCUAUCCACACCAGGUCCCUCCAGCCUCCUGGAGCUACUGGUGCCGGGAGUAUCAAAACUGGAAUGUACUGGGAAGAGAUAUGCCUGCAGAGGGGGGCUUGGGACAAGCCCUGUGACGUGAAGUAAGAUAGGGCUUUUAAUUGUGCCAUUCCUUGCAAAAUACCUGUAAUUAUUGCACUGUAUUUAUCUGGGUCCUCCCCUUUGGUGUGGGGCUGGUGGGGCUGGGAGGGGUUGUAUUUGUCAGUGUAUUUAAAUUGUCCUUCCUUGGGUUGUUGGUGCUCCUGUGGGUUGGCUCAAGAGAUGGUGUGGGCGAAGAUAUAUUUUGGCCUGAAAAAACUUGUGGCAUUUGAU